CCGCAGCGACGUCUCGUCACAUGACUGAAACAAACAUGGCGGCGGCCGUUGUGGCGGGGCUCUGAUUGCAGGUGCUGGGGCCAUUGCCCGCAUCCGCCCUCAUCCCCGGACAUGCAGAGCGAAAGAAGGGAGCCCGGUGGCCGGGAGGAGACCUUUCUCCGAGUGAGAACAAACAGGCAGACCCGACUGAAUGCUCGUAUUGGGAAAAUGAAACGGAGGAAGCAAGAUGAAGGGCAGAGGGAUGGCUCAUGCAUGAUGGAGGAUGACUCUGUAGACAUUGAGAAUGAGAAUGGUAAUCGCUUUGAAGAGUAUGAAUGGUGUGGACAGAAGAGGAUACGAGCCACUACCCUACUGGAAGGGGGAUUUCGAGGAUCUGGGUUUGUCAUGUGCAGUGGCAAGGAGAAUCCGGAUAGUGAUGCUGACCUCGAUGUGGAUGGAGACGACACACUGGAAUAUGGGAAACCACAGCUUAGAUACACAGAAGCAGAUGUCAUUCCAUGUACUGGGGAAGAACCAGGGGAAGCUAAAGAGAGAGAGGCGCUUCGAGGUGCUGUCUUAAAUGGUGGCACACCUAGUACCAGAAUAACACCAGAAUUCUCUAAGUGGGCAAGUGACGAAAUGCCAUCAACAAGUAAUGGGGAAAGCAGUAAACAGGAGCCCAUACAAAAGACCUGCAAGAACAGUGACAUAGAAAAGAUUACAGAAGAUUCAGCAGUGACGACAUUUGAAGCGCUAAAGGCUCGCGUCCGUGAGUUAGAAAGGCAACUCUCCCGUGGGGACCGCUAUAAAUGUCUCAUUUGCAUGGACUCAUACACGAUGCCCCUGACGUCGAUUCAGUGCUGGCACGUACACUGUGAGGAAUGCUGGCUACGGACUUUGGGUGCCAAGAAGCUGUGCCCUCAAUGCAACACCAUCACCUCUCCAGGGGAUCUCAGGCGCAUCUACUUAUGAAGGACAUGGCUGCUCGGACCAGAUUGCUACACCAUGGGGGUUGGGGGGAAAGGAAUGGCAGCAGCAGCAGCAAGAGACAUUUACAAACUAGAGACUCCAAAUGUGGACUAGAGGCUGAAGGAGCCCCACAAUGCCUCUGCUUCCAAACCUGUCACUGGCACUGCAAACUCCACAAGAAGGCCAAAUCAGAAUCUUUAUUGUGAAUCUCCACCCCACCCUUACAGACUGAUGUUCUGCACCUGUCCCAUUUUGCCAUGAGCUGGGGUUCCAUCGUGGAUGACCUGCAAGCCUUUUCAGCGGAACGUCUUGGUAGUCAAGCCACCCUAUGAGCCAAUCUGGGAAGGGACUGGAUCUUCCACAGCAGGAACCCUCCCAAGCUGUAAUUUGUGUUCUUUUCCCCCUCCUUUUCUGUGGUGGUCUAGUGGUUUUAAAAACAAAAUGCCUACACCCACGCUUCCACAAAGGCAGAAUGAAGCACAUGUAAUAUAAACUCUAUAUGUUUACAAUGUUGUGUAUAAAUGGGAUAGACUCCAACAUUACAUACUAAUAUGUUGCCCUUUUAUGUUUUUCUUUUGUUUUUGGGUUGUACUUUUUUUUAAAAAAGAGAAAAAAUAAGCAGAGAACAUUAAACCCAUAUUUUUCUUGGUUCUGCAAAGUUUUGACAUUAAAGUCAUUAGUUUAAAAAAGUAUAAAUAUAUAUAUAUAUAUAUUAUACAUAUAUAUAAUAUAAAUGGUUUAAUGUUCUGUGGUGUAUAUUUCCUCAUUCAGAUAUAAAGUUAACAGCUUCUAGUAAUGGCUGUAUUUCUGCCCAUAACUUACACAACUUCUGGGGGAAAUUGGGAAAAGAUUUCUGUCAUUAGUUGUAGCUAAAGCAGCUAUUUAUAUAGAAUCUUUACUCCACUGAAACAGUCUUUAAUUUUUCACUGAAAGGAAAGAAAUAAAUGUGCAGUUAAGGCUUGUGAGCUUUUACCAAUGCCCAUUGGAACAGGACAAGUUGAUGUGUUUAUAUGAAGCAGAAGGCAAAUAGAGGGAGUAAUCUUUGCCUACUGCAUCUGGCAUUAUGGGAUGUAGUCUCACUCUUACCAGUAGGGGAUUUGGGGGGCAGGGGUGAAAGCUCAAGCCAUCUUUUGUCUGAGCAUAUUGCAGUCACAUGCUUCUGAGCCAGUAAGUACUGAACUCUGGUUGGUAACUUCUCCUAGGCUCAUAAAAGUAAAUGCAGGGAAGCAAUUCAGAAGUAUCCUCACUCAGAUCAUCCUGUGACUGAGCAAGAAGUAGCCUUCAGUCUUCCUCCCUCCAUUUGUCUAGUCAAGCAAAUCCUUCUAUAUCAGUCUGGCGUACAGCCAUGCCUAGACCCUGGCCCUGCUGGUCUUUGUGAUGUCCCAUCUCUUUAAUAGGUUCAAUUUUAAAAAUAUGCUUGAUUUCCACUUCUUUUUUUUUUUUAAGAAAGUUGGUACGUGCUGGCCUGUAAUGACAUGUGUCUUGUUUCUUCCUACUAUAUCUCCUUCUCUGAUUGUGGGGAUGGAACUCAGUCCAGGUUUAUGUGAGGUUGGACUCAUGGAAGCCUUCUGCAGCCUUUUGCGCAAUCCCCCUGACCCAGUCCGCUCCUCUGCAACUGCAGAGUGUCCCCAGCUAUGGCUCUUCGGUCAGCCUUCCCUAAUCAAAACCAAAACCUGAUUUUUUUAGGCUUACCGACAAACUAACUUCCUGCAGUCCACCUAGGAAAAGGUUUCCAAUGUUGCUGGGACUCUUCAGAUGGAAACUAGGUGCUUGUGUGGCAUUGAUGAGCUGUUUUGUUAGGCUAAGAUGCCUGUCAUUAACCACCUUUUAAAAUGGGGAUAGUGCGUGAAAUACAUUUUGUUCUUCUAGCUAAUUCAGUCUGAUAUCUCUGAUUUAAAUUAUACAAUAUCAGACCAGUGUUUGUCAUGUUGGUGUCAGUUUUAUAUGGAUUAGACUUCAGCCACAGCACCAUCUUGCAGUCCAUGGUCCUGUAUUUCUUCCUAGGUAGGGAUAGCCUUUAUUAUACAAAUCUUGUAUUUUAACUUCUCAAGAAUCCUCAUAAAAUGCUCACCAUUGUCCAGUGGUGGAAUCCCUCGCCCCCCAGCAGUGCCCAGUGGUUACUGUGCUUCCACCCUCCACUCCCCUUUCCGAUGUUGGGCAGGUGGGAGGCAAGGGAAGGGAAGGUGGCCCGAUCUGCAGCCGCCCUGGGCUGGUGCCAUGGUGGGAUUCAGCCGAUUAGCUAUCGGUUCAGCAGAACAGGUGCGAACCAGCUGAAUCCCACCUCUGCUGUUGUCUUUAAGGAGAACAGCUUCAGAUUCCCAGAUAAUUCUAAAUUUCCAAAUGGUAACUCCUGGAUAGCUGAGCCAUCAGACUAUGAGAUGGUUUAAAAAUAAGUGUUCCCGUUGCUAUCACCUGGGCAGUGAGACCAACAUGAGGGUGGACUACCAGCACCUUGUGGGUGGGUGGGGAUUGCUUUUUUAAACCAGAGUUAGCUGGUAUCCUAGGUGGCUGACAGCCAUUUGCAACAAGCCAUUUUUUCCUAUGGAACUCUCCACUGAUAUAGCACUUACGUUCAUGAAAACAAUUGGUCUGAACUGUAUCAUGACAAGGAAGACAGCACUACACCCUGGCCUCCUAGCCCAAUACAAUCAAGCAGUCGCUAUAGGAACAUUCAGUACAAAGUCACCCUGUUUGAGAGUAGGCUGUGCAGAGAGAGUUCAUUUUUCAUGUCCCAUUACAUUGGGAACAAAGAGCUGUCUCUGGUCCCAUGGACCACCACUAACCUAAAUGCAUAUCAGUAAAGCUACAUGCUACUAGCAACUUUUAUUUCAGCAUUAAGCUUGUCCUGCAUUUUUUUUUCCUUGAGGGGGUAGGGAGGAGAAAGAAGAUCAGAAGAGAAAGAAGAUACAAGGGAUUGGCUUGGCUCUUUGUGCAAGGUUCAGUUCACGUCACUCAGCAACCAUAUUCUCCUCUUCCACUAUGAGCUUGAAGUGAAACAAACUAUCUUUGCCCAAAGAUUCGCAGCUGCACAAGGUGAUAUUCAAGUUGUGUCAAUGAUUGUGUGUCUGUGUAUAUUCUAUAAAAAGGUACUUGUCAUUCCCGUUUGUAAACUACAUUUGACAUUAAUUAAAUAAGUAUAAAAUCUU